AUGGAUAGAGAGGAGAAGGAUGUUCAUUCGUCUGAUUUCUCUGUAGAUUCGAAUACUAGUCAGGAAGAGUACAAUCGUGUAAUGUCUGUUCAAACAACAGACCCUCAAAGUAGCUUGCAACAGCAGGAAAGAAGAAAUGAAUUUCAAAAAUACGAAACUAUUCAAUGGAGUGCCGAAACUAACCAGCCAAAAACAAUGAAUCAACAUGAUCUUAAUCAACACCAAACAGGUGAAACACAUCAACAACAUGUAACUAAUGUAAAACCAUCCGAAACUUCUUCAAACAGAAGAGUUUCAAUAAUAGACGAAACUAAUAGAACUCGAGACAAAAUUUCGAAAAGGAAAAGAAAGAAAUCAACACGACUGAGAAAACCACUCCAAAACGAUCAGCUUUUAAAGAAUUACUUUGAGAUGGACAGAGUUUCGUCUAAUGAAGUGACAACCUUUAAAAUAAUUCCAUCAGAAACAACAUCUCAAGAUUCAUCACAUGAUCAACAAUCAUGCAACACUUCUGCAUCAUCUGAAAGCUUUAUCAAAAAGGAAACCUUUCAAGUUUAUUCGAAAUUAUCUGAAAGUAGUGAGGAUUCUUCUAGAAAAUCGAUUACACCACCCCAACAACAGCAAGUUUUGCCUCAAUCCGUCCAAUCUUCUCAAAACACUACUUCAGCACAUUUUCAAAACAGUUCAUUGACUUUACAAGAAUUAAUGAACUCUGAAAUAAUGCAUAAUUUUACCCAACAUUCGAAUAACUUUUCGUUAAGUAAUACUCAGCCAAUCCCCUCCGACAUUCCGCCUUAUCCUCCUCUAACGCAUGAAGAUCCAAAUCCAGAACCUUCUCUCAAUAACUCUCAAUAUUCCAUUCACAACAAUGAAACUCUCAACGAGAUGGAUAAUUCAAGUUUUUUGAGCGGGCUUUCACCUUUUACUUCUGAAAAUUUGGAUCUUUUACAAAUAUUGAUGCAGUUUACAGACAAUUCAGAUCAACCAACGACAAUUUCAAAAAACAACGAACAAAAGUAG